AUCUUUUCCAGGGAAAGUCCAAGUGCGCUCAAAACCCAAGCCAUAGCUCUUCUUGCCGCAUUUCCUCCCCAGCUUGCGAAUCCCACACCGAACAAGAUGUGCAAAGGACUUGCAGGUCUGCCGGCUUCUUGCCUGAGGAGUGCAAAAGAUAUGAAGCAUCGUCUAGGUUUCCUGCUGCAGAAGUCUGAUUCCUGUGAACAUAAUUCUUCCCACAGCAAGAAGGACAAAGUGGUAGUUUGUCAGAGGGUGAGCCAAGAGGAAGUCAAAAAAUGGGCUGAAUCACUGGAAAACCUGAUCAGCCAUGAAUGUGGGCUGGCAGCUUUCAAAGCUUUCCUGAAGUCUGAAUACAGUGAGGAGAACAUCGAUUUCUGGAUUAGCUGCGAAGAGUACAAGAAAAUCAAAUCACCCUCUAAACUAAGUCCCAAGGCCAAAAAGAUCUAUAAUGAAUUCAUCUCAGUCCAGGCAACCAAGGAGGUAAACCUGGAUUCCUGCACCAGGGAGGAGACAAGCCGGAACAUGCUAGAGCCCACGAUAACCUGCUUUGAUGAGGCCCAGAAGAGGAUUUUCAACCUGAUGGAAAAGGAUUCAUACCGCCGCUUCCUCAAGUCUCGAUUCUAUCUUGACCUGGCCAACUCUUCCAGCGCUGGGUCAGAGAAGCAGAAAGGAGCCAAGAGUUCUGCAGACUGUCCUUCCCUGGUCCCCCAGUGCGCCUGAUUCUCAGAGGGUGCUGGAGGCCUGAGAUGCUAAGACUCUAUGCCUGGAAAACCUGAGGCCAAAUAUUGAUCUGUAUUAAGCUCCAGGGCUUUAUCCACAUUGUAGCUUAGUGUUCAUGCUGCCUGCCAUGUAUGAGUCUCUCCUGUGUAAGAAGUAGAUCGAGUUUUGGUGUUUGGUUUCCAUCAGGGCAGGACCUCCUUCCAGUCCAACUUUCCCAGAAUUCCUUUAGGGUGCCACGUGAGCAAGUAUCCAAAGAAUGGUUUUGGAGGGGUGGCUUUCCAAAGACUGUUGCAGUUCUCUUCUCCCAAUGGUUUGACCUCAGGUUGGUUGGUUGGUACAUUUCAUGUGACAUCCACAAGCACAUGUAUUCUGUUGGCACUUUCUCUAAUCUCUAGAUGUUAAGAUAUGGUUGAUCUAUUAUGUGUACCUAUGUGUGUGUGUAAAUACAUGUA